AGAAAGCAUUUCAGCGACUUCGUAACUGUAAGAAGAAGAUAAACUGAUUUGAGAAAAUAUUAGCGUGUUCGCCAUUGUUGCUGCUGCUGCUGCUUGGAGUUAUUUUCUGACAGAAGAAAUCGAAGAAGAAAAAAAAGCCAUGUCUUUACUCUCUGUACCGCCUCUCCCCUCUCGAAAUUAUUCCCACUGCAUUUCUCUUUCAACAGCGUCUGCUCAGAAGAGACCCUUUUUUAUUUCUUCGUCGUGGAAUAAUAUGCAGAAGGCCAAAGGAGAACAGGAGGCUAAAGACAUGGGGAGAAGACUUGUCCUAACUUUUCUAGUUGGAUUGGGAUUUUCUCCAGCAUUGCCUUCUUACGGAAAGACGAAGAAACAAAGCCCGUACGACGAGAAACGUCUGCUGGAGCAGAAUAAACGAGUGCAGAGAGAGAAUAACGUCCCCGAUGAAUUCCCUAAUUUUGUCAGAGAAGGUUUUACGGUGAAAGUAGUCACUUCAGACAACUAUGUUACGCGUGAUUCAGGUCUCGUGUUGUGGGAUAUUGCUGUUGGAGAAGGCGAUAGUCCAAAAGUUGGCCAACAGGUGAUAUUUCACUAUAUCGGUUAUAAUGAGUCGGGCAGGCGUAUAGACAGCACGUACUUACAAGGCUCCCCAGCAAAAGUUCGGGUCGGUACUAACGCAUUGAUUCCAGGAUUUGAGGAAGGAAUUAGAGACAUGAAACCUGGAGGAAGACGGAGGAUGAUUAUCCCACCGGAACUAGGACCGCCGGUAGGGCCUUCGACGUUUUUCAGCUCAAAGCAAUUCGAAGUUUUCGAUGUAGAAUUGCUGAGCAUACAAGAUUGCACAAGGAGGACAAUUGGAUUUUACUCUGAUGUUGUUUGUAAUUAGAGGAAAACAAUGUUUAGAUUUUUUGUUCUAUCAGUGUAAUAAUAGCCGCAAACCAAAAUCAAACAACAAACAUGACAGAUAUGAGAAAAUUUCUUCGAUAGUAUAAAAUAUAAAUUAGUCGAUUU